GGCGCCAGGGCCGCGGAGGGGCGAGGCCUGGAGCUCGGCCGGCGCUGCGGAGGGUGGAGCCGCCGCAAUCCCCGCCCCGUGCUCCCCCGCCCGCGCCCGGCCCAGGGCCGCCCGCUGGUGCCGGGCUGCGCUACGAGCUCCUUCGUCCCAGCCCGACAGGCGCUGCAGCCCGUGCCCGCGGGGCGUCCGCACCUGGCAGGGAAGGCUCUUUUUGAAGGCACCGCUGCUGUUCCAGUAUCCAGCUGUCCUUGUAUCUGGCUUGCCCUGGGCUGGCCAUCCUGGGCCGUAUUGUGUUGCAUUGUUUGUGCGGCAGAGCGAUCACUCUAGCCAUGCACUACCUUAAUGAAGGCAGACUGCGAAUCCCCUGUGGACAGAACAGGGGACACCAGUGUAACCAAAUCUGGCUGCCUGUGGAUUUUGUUUUGUGCUCAGGAGCUGCAGGAGAGGGUAGAGGGACUGUGCUGGAGGAGAAUGCCCAUUCUCGCCUCGCCCGAGAUUGCCACCAGGUUCAAGGAGAAGUGGCUGCAACUACACCCUGAGGACCGGGACAAUGUCAGUGGGGCUGUGACACUAGAUGACAGCCUCACCAGCCUGCAGUGGCUCCAGAACUUCUCCAUCCUCAGCACUGGCCCUGAGACACUGCCAGCCCUGGGCCACCAUCUCCACCAGCCUUGUGGGAAGUCUUUCCAAAAUGCUGAAGCCCCUGCCAGCCCCCCAGCAGGAGACACUGCAGCCAAGGGGAUGCCCCCAAACCUGGGCCAACCCACCUCUGCAGCCACCUCCCCUGGCACUGGCCAGCUGCUACCCCUCACCAGACUUCCCCUUGGUGCCCUAGAGAUCGAUUACAAGAACAACUCCACAGUGAAGCCUCCUUACUCCUAUGCCACCCUCAUCUGCAUGGCCAUGCAGGCCAGCAAGCAGGCCAAGAUCACCCUGUCUGCCAUCUACAAUUGGAUCAUGGAGAACUUCUGCUACUACAAACAUGCUGACCCUAGCUGGCAGAACUCCAUCCGGCACAACCUGUCCUUGAAUAAGUGCUUCAUGAAGGUGCCACGGCAGAAAGACGAACCAGGAAAGGGGGGCUUCUGGCAAAUCGACCCCCGCUAUGCAGAUAUGUUUGUCAACGGGGUUUUCAAGAGGAGGCGCGCACCAGCCCCCACCUACAACCCCCUACCGCAGCCUGAUGUGGUGCCCAGUCCAAACACUGCCUAUGGCCUCUCAUUUCCAACACUCCACCCAGGGAGUGAGCAGUUGCAACCAGGACAUGCUACAGCCCAUGCUCUGCGGCUGCAGGACCAGAGCCUCAGCCUUGCAGGUGCUCCCCAUGCUACCAGCAAAUGCAAGCAGCCUGUGCCCACGUACAGCAGCAAGACACCCAGAACUUGCCCAUCCCCACUGUUACCUGCCCAUGGUGCUGGGGACAGCACCCUGACAGGGGAUUGCAGCUGGGCCAGCAUCUUCGAUGAUGUCUUAGAUGGAAGCGCCAGCAACUUUGAGGAGUUGGAUAUAAAUGCAGCACUUGGCUCUCUGGGAGCAGACAUGGGCCAGACCCAAAGCAGGCACUCCAGCCCUGCCAGCCCUUGGGGAGCCCUGGACACCCACCAUCUCUGUCCAGAGCAUUCCCUCCUUGAAGACAUCAUCCCCUUCACAGACCCUCUGCAGCCCCCCUUGGAGGAAGCCAAGGAAGAGGAUCUGGCCCUCCCCUGGGGCUUUGAGCAAGGCUUCACCUUCUCUGAAGGCUUCCUAGGUGAGAUGCAGCUGUGGGACAAAGGAGACUCCUUACUGUGACCUCUCCUGGGGCAAGGACAAGCUUGUGAUCUGUGGGAAGCAGAUCCCUGGCACUAAAGUCCGCUGGUCUCCCAGCCCUGCUGUCCCCCUGGUCUUGCUUGGAGGCACCUUGCCCUUGACUGGACUGGGCUGCUAAUGUGAAAGUUCCCCAGAGCCACUGCAUGCCCCGCUGCCCCACAGACUGAAGGAACGGCAGGGCCCUGCACUCCACCCUGACAGCUGAGGUGUGUGGCUUUCUCUGCCCUCCCUGCCAACACAGAGCAGGCUGUACCCCAGCAAUUAAGCUUUGCACCUGCCCAGUGCUUCUGCAACCAUGUGUAGGCCUGGUCUCCCUGGGGAACAUCUUGGAUGAUCUUGCCCAGCUGUGAUAACGUGACCCCUCCUACUGGGCCUAGCCUUGUUCUACCAUGCUGUGGAGAUGAAGCUGUGCAGGGAGCCUUAGGUGAAAUGGCAAACAGAACCAGCCUUGGGGAGAAUAUUAGGGGUGGGAAGGUGGAAGGAGAGGCUAAGGCAAGGUGCUGAGGAAGCUUGGAAAAACCAUCGCUGCAAAUAGUGUCCUGCUACAUAGCCAGACCCAGGCCUGGGUCUAAGGAAAUGGCACUGCUCUUGACAACCCCUGCUCUCCAGCUGGCAGGAGCCUGCCCUGAGUUUGCCUCCCAGUAGGGCAGAGGGAGGAGUAGGAGGCUGACAGCACCAGACUUGUUGAGUGAAGUGAAUCCCCUCCUGGCACUGCAGUAGCCAAGGCUUGGGCUGUCAGACAAUGCCAAAGGGAGCUUUCUCCUGCCUAAGCAGCUGUAAGCCCAGCCUGGCUAACGUCAUGCCUGUCCCCUGUCUGCCAGACUGCUCAUGGCUACACACACUGCUGUUCUUUCUGUUCCUGGUUGAGGAUCAACUGGAUUUGCCCCAAAGUCCCCUUCACCAUGGAGACACCAUUCACCCUGUCUUCCCCUCAUCAGGCAUACCCUUCCCACACGAUGCCAUGGAGAGUGCCCCAGUUUCCCAGAACACACGGGUGCACCCCCACAGCUCUGCUGUUUGGGGGCUAAGUAGUGAGGGCUCAGCAUGUAAAAAGCUGUAGCAGAGACACAACUGAGCGUGUCAGUGAUGCGUCUGUGAGCCAGUUCCCAUGGCCACAGGCUGUGCUGUGCUCCCACUGCAACUGACAGCGAGCUGUGUCAACUCUGCCACUACCCUGUCAAGUUGGGUGCAUAUUGGUAUAUUCUGGGUAAUGCGGGCAGCCGUACCAUAGUGUGUCUAGUGGGCUAGUGUGCUCAAGAGCUUGGAUGCAGAGGGAUACUAGGGAAAUGUACUCUGAGACAAGCUGACCUGGCUGAAAUGGCAGCACAGGCAGGGCUGGGGAUACUGUAAAAACCAAUGCAGUGCAAUGAUUGCAGGGUAAGCCAUGCUAGCAGCCAGCAGGGGAAGAGCACUGGACCAUUAGUUGCAGUAGGGUUGACAGGACCUUUGAGACACAUCAGGACCUUUGAGUCUCAUCAGUGGUGAGACCGCAGCUGGAGUACUGCAUCCAGAUCUGGGCACCGCACUUCAACAAGGACGUGAAAAUGCUUGAGAGAGUCCAGAGAAGAGCCACCCAUAUGAUCAGAGACUUGCAAGACAAGCCAUAUGAGGAUAGGCUGAGGGACCUGGGCCUCUAGCCUAAAAAAAGAGAAUUCUAAGAGGAAAAUUGGUAGCAGCUUACUGCUUUAUCAAGGGACUACAUCAAGGGCUCGGCAAACAACUGUUCACCAGGACACCCUUGGGGAAACCUAGGAGUAAUGGCUACAAACUCCUGGAAGACCAUUUCAGGCUCAACCUUAGGAAAAACUUCUUCAUAGUGAGGGUGUCCAGACUGUGGAAUAAACUCCCUCCAGUGGUGGUGCAAUCACCUACCCUGGAAAUCUUCACGAGAAGACUGGAUGGACACCUGACCCCAGUUGUCUUCCUGCCCAGUGCAAGGGGGGCUGGACCCAAUGAUCUUGCGAGGUCCCUUCCACCCCUUUAACAAUCUAUGGAUAUAUGAGAUCCUGACUGAGCUUGGACUCUACUCAUAGAGCAUCCAGAACAGCCAGCCACCUCUCAACAGCAGGAUGCUCCUGCCCAAACCCCUUCUCAGCUGUCCCCAGACAACACUCCUUGCCACAGGAUUACAGCCUUGGUUCUGGGAAAUGGGGCAAUACAGCAGUGCUAGGACUGAGGGACACCCUGAGUUAGCUCUGGAAGCACAGAGAGGUGCUGAAGCCCUUGUUCAAGGCAGCAGAGGGCAUACGUGUCUCACAGCUGCUGCCUGAGACAGUCCAGAGCUAGUGUCACUGGGACACACCCAUGACUCCUCUGCCUCUGCCCACUGGGAAAGGGGAGGGCCUUGCCCAGCAGAACCUGGGCCAUACAUUUUCCUCCUGUGCCCCUGCCUGUUGGGGAGGCAGUGAGUACUGCAACAAGUGAGACAGAAAUAGUGUCUCUAGGAGAAAGUGCAGCCAUUUUGCUGGCAUACCCCUUUGGCAGCUAAUGGAGCCCCUUGAGAUGUAAAGGUGCAGGUCAUAGAAAACAACACAAUGCCCAGAGCUCCCUAGGGGGCUCAGCAUUAAUCUUCUAAAACUGCCCAUCCAGCAGUGCCCACACACCUCCAUUGGAGCAGGGGAGGAGGCAAAGGAGUAGCAGGUAUUAGAAGCAGAAAUGAUCAGGGCUGAAAGGUUCUUUUUAGCUGAACGAGCUCCAUCCUGCACUGACUGGGCUUGCACUGCCUGGCUGGGAUUUUACCAACACAUGACUUGAGAGCCUCAGGCUUGCAUUUCCCACAUCCACCCCAUCCUUGCCUUGCUCCAUAGGCCUCUGAAAGCUUUUAUUAUGGUGAAACAGGUAGGAACACAGAGCAGAAGACAGGUUUCUCUGCAGGUAAGAAAACCACUAACCACAGCACAGCUCAGUUACUUGAAGAGUAGGACUGAAGCAAUACAGAGAAGCCAGGCCAUGCAUGGGCACUGUGUACACAGUCCUUUUCCAAUGUGGAAAAGCGUGUAUGAGCCUGUCACAAUUGGGUCAAGACACCUGUCUGGUUCCAGAGGGGAUGUUUGAUUAGAUUAAGGAGGAGUGCACAAGGUGGGGCUGACCUGGCUGCUCUGAGGUCUGUUCCAGCCCUGUGCUCCUCCCAGCUGAGCCAGCAUCCUGGAGAGAAGGCUCUGGCUGACUUCUGGGUCCUGUCCAAUAACAAAACUCUUGGCAAGAAAUGCCCUUGUUUUAGUUUUUUUAUUAUUAUUAUUAUUAUUAUUAUUGUAAAAGACAGAAUAAACAUGUGCCUGGGGAUGAA